UAAAUAUAUAGAAACUGAGGGAUUUGGACAAAGACUCAGGAAGUUUAUGAUAAGCGACCGAAUCCAUAUCAUGUGAAGUGAAGGAUGGGCGUGCUAGGUUUAUCUUCACUGAUAUACACCAACAAUAAUAUUUUUGAAAAGAUCCGACUUCAUGACACUCGACUCAUCAUUGAUGGCUCAAAUCUGUACCACAUUUUAUACAACAAUCAUGUGCCAAACGAGUAUGGUGGAAACUAUGACACUUAUGCAAACACGUGUAAAACCUUCUUCAGAACCCUCACGAAAUGUAAGGUGGAUGCGUACGUUGUCAUGGAUGGCGGUUAUGACCCAGAUGACCGAAAAUGGAAGACUGUCUUAAAACGUAAGGCAUCUAGAAUAAAAAGCGUUGGUACAAUUUGUGGCAGGAGCCCCAAAGAAACCACGGAUCAUGUUCUGCCGAUUUUGUGUGAAGAAACUUUCUACCAUGUCCUACGUGAGCUUCAGAUACCACACGUCGCGUGUCCAUAUGAGGCAAACAGAGAAAUAUCAGUAUUGGCCAAUAAGUGGGACUGCCCAGUUCUUAGUGAUGAUAGCGAUUUCUUUAUUUUCAAGCUGGAAAAUGGAGUUAUACCUAUCAAAGGAAUCGACUUGACAUUACGACCUCUCAAGACUCAAACGGAGCAGUCGGCCUUACAGGAAUCAGAGACUUCACCAACCGACCAGGAAGAUAUAUAUAUCUCCGUAAAAUGUUACCGAUAUAGCACAUUAAUUAAGACUAUCAAUGUUCCAUGGAAGUUCCUACCAAUUCUUGCUACAUUUAGUGGUAAUGAUUAUGUAGACCCCAGAAAUUUGGAGGGUUUCCACGAAGCGAUACGAUGGAAGCAUAGAAAUAAAGAGCUUAACCUGAGAGCAGCCAGUCCGAAAUUGAUGUCGGUCGUACAUUGGGCAAUGGGCAUACAAUCGGAAGAAUACGCUAUUAAUUACGUAUUAAAUCACGUUGAAAACCUAGCUCCCGUUGGGAAAUCAAAAUUGCGAGAUGCCCUUAGGAACUCUAUAGAUAGCUACACAGACAUCAGGAAUUUCGCUACCAUUGACUUGGUUAAGUUCUUCGAUGCAAACACAGAUGACGAAUCGAGACCAGAUCGGGGAACGCUGAUUGAUUACGUCACCAAGCAUCCAUUGCCAGCUUGGUUUUCGGAGAUGUUAAGAACCUGCGAAAUGGCAACUUUUCUGCAGAAUGUAGCUGUGAACCACAGAGUUAUCUUCAAUUGCCAGAUAGAACACUUGGCUAACCCGUCCACUUAUGAAUGCUCCCAGCACAUCAGAAGUGUCCUGUAUGGUUUAAUAACGCAAUUCAAAAGGCCCAAAUAUACAAGAUAUGAAAGGAAAACUUUUUUAACAAACGACAUAAGGAAAUUUUGCAUUGAAGAAAAUGACAGACUGGAAAACGAAAUGAUGAAAGUUCGUAUUAGGCCUACGUUUCGAAAUGUCCCGGGUAUUACCGGAGAGGAAAAUCAAAAAUUCAUUUUUGGCACUUUAGGACUAAAUUCUGAACUUGUCGAUUCUUUAACUGCCGACCCGUGUACCAAGUUCCUUAUAGGUGUCCUGCGCUUUUGGUGGACACAUGCAGAUCCAAAGAUUACAGAAAAUUAUUUGAGUUCCGCUGUUAUUGGUUUCAUUUCAUUGCACUCUCACUUCUUUCAAGAUAUGAAAUGUAGUCCGGAUGUUGGUAAAACAGUCAAACUACCAUGCUUAGUUCCAAGUAUCGUGAAAGCAAUCGAAGGCCAAGGAAAAACUCGGAUGAAUCAGUUUGCUAGUGAAAUAAAAAAACACAAAGACAAAAGUACCGAUCAAGCAUCACGGGACAACGAAGAAAUAACGAUUAUUCACGGCUUUUCACAGUUACAGACCUGCUACCUAAGCGCUUUGUACCUGAACCAGGCUCUGAUGUCUCCAGUUGACCUCCCCAGCCCUGGCGUUCUCUUCAAUUUUACGUUUAUGUUCAAUGUUUGCAAAAGCCUUGAGACUUUACAAAAUAACGACUUUUCAGACAUGUUCCCUUUGGAGUCACCGCUGCAUGAUUUGUUUAAGUCAUGGAAAACCGCUGUCACCGAGCUUGAAGACCGCCCGGCAGUUGACGAGAAAGUAAUAUACCAGAGAGAAAACAUGGAAAUACUCAGAUGUUAG